CAAACCGAACUGGUGCGAGGGGAAGUCCACUGACUUUCUCAUUGAUAUAUUAGGCAUAUCGAUGGUGACAAUCUUCUGUUAUAACCUACCUUAUUCAUUUAGAGUUGAUCUGAGUCCUCCCACGAUCAGGAAAACACUAAGCAAGUUAUUAUUUACUGCCACUAAAAACUCAACCCCUUUGCAAGUGGGUGCUAUCAAGCGCGACACCAAAACCUCCGCGAACUUUAAGUGCAUCUGACACUGUAACGCAGAGACCUACUGGCCCGGAAAAUCGCACUGCACAUUUCCUGUUCCUGCUUCAGAUGACAUAAUAUAACAAGCAAACCGCGGCAGAUAUUAAGUUGCUGGCGUGGUUUUGCUGUUCGCAACUUGCUGAUUUGGUAUUGUUUAGUGUCUCUCUUCAUUGGACAGCCGCUCUCUGAAACUUUUAGGCAGGGUCUUUUCCCAGGAGCCGUGCGCUAGCGCUUACAUUCCCUGCAAAUCUUCAUGCAAUCCUUGAGGUGGAUUGAGGCGGUUUACUUUGUCUGUUUUUGCUGUCUUGGUCGGCACCUCGGUACCCUAUUUUUUGCACUCCCAGGCAGCAGCACUGUUGGCUCAAUGGUCUUUGAUGCUUUCUUGGCACUACUGCAGUUGCCCAUUGGUAAGCACAAGUUCCAUUCCAGCGCUAAGUCUAAAAGUUCUUAGGUCUAGACUACCUAGACCUAGACGCCAUAUGCUGGGGCAUUCCAUCUUGAACCUCUUUGAACUAUCUUCACCCUGGUCCUUUACUUGAUAUUAUCGUCCCAGUGGGGAAACAAUCAUCGAGGCUCUUCGUCGCGGUAGUUACAAUCUACCUUAUUCCAGGGUUGCGACUUAGUUUCAAUUCUCAAAUCAGUUCGAGUGAGCAAGUGCUUGAACGAAUUUACCCUGGUCAAUUGACAGGCCAGUUAUCUAUCAUACGAUAAACGCGAACCGAAAAACAUGAGCUCGUCUACUAGCAAGUCGGCCACCGCUUCAAAGGCUACAACCACAUCCGACCAGGGUUCACAGCCAAAGCACAGAGCCUGCGAUGAGUGUCGCUCGCGCAAGUUGGCAUGUACCAAGGAACCCGAAGGCUGCGCACGCUGCAAGAAGGAGGGUAUCAAAUGCAACUACUCUCCUCAGAAGCAGAUGGGACGACCCCGUAAACGACAGCAUGUCGAGAUCUCGGAAGAAACUGAACGCAGCAGCAGUGAAGAUGCUGUAGCCACUGCAGUAGCUGCCGAUUUCUCUUUCAUGGAUGCCAUGCCUGGUGACGAGUUUGAUUUGUUCAGCUUGAUGGGGCCAUACAUAUCAGAAGCUGUCCCAGAACCGCAGACAUCUCAGCGAACACCAGUAGACCCUAGCCUGAACGUGGCAGACUUGAAUUCAUUGAGCUAUUGGGAAGGUUUGUCCACUGCAAGUGACAGUGGCAGCAAUUCUACCUUGGUAAUGUCAGGUUCGUCUCUUGGGGACGCAUUUCUGUCCGGUUCGGCAUCACAAAACUUGCAGUCAAGCAACGGGCAGAUUAUGAAGCCUUUCUCAACGUAUGACACUUUGGGUAUCCCAGAAACCGGUCCAUACCUAACGACGGCAAAUACGACACCUUCCGCUCCAUCAGACACAACUCACGCAGAAGCAUCCAACGCUUGCGUAAGCCAUUUCGCCACAAAUCCCGGUCCAGCCUGCGGCUGCCUGACAAAGCUGUACCUGGCACUGGAUUCUCUUCAAAACCUGCCAACUGAAGUCGGGCCGGCAAUGGCGUGCGCCCGCAGCGCAGCAAAGACUGCAUAUGGAGUGACCGAGUGCCCGUCCUGCAGCCCACCCACACUCGCGAGCCCGACCUUCCGUCCCACUGUCCAGUCGUACCAGAACAUGCUGAUACUGGGAGCGCUCCUCCCUUCCAUCGCCAACGCCUACCACCGGAUCCUGGCAAUGGUGGAUGCCGAGGUGGCCAGAGCGACGGCUCAGGGUCUCGAGAUACCCUUUUCGCUCGAGCAGUACGGAGGGCUCUGGGGCAGGCUGGGGACCGACGCCUGCAGCAACGUCGCCGCACUGGAGAGACAGACGUUGGCGCCCAUUAUGUGGAGGACCACCGUCCGAGCUCUGCUCAGGGUUGAUGUAUACGGUUACAAAUUUGCAGACCAGACCGCCAACGACUCGAUGAAGACCUUGGCCAGGCGCCAGGUCGGGUUGAGGGAUAUUGUGGACUACCUGUUGGAGAGACAGAGGAUGCGACACGCAAUGAUGGAUGAGCUUUGGGCAUCCGGGAAAAUGUUAUAUCCCCAGAUGCACGCUCACCAACCUACGGUCCCCGGAGACAAACACAACUGCGAACGGAUUCUCGAAGUUGCGAGGAUAUCUAUCGAACACCUUGUCAUCUCAUAAGAGGCAGGAGGGAGCGCCCAGCUAGAUCAUAGAAACACCUGAACCAAACCACUUUGGGUCUAUUAUUCUCUGCUCCUUGCCAACGCGAUGAAAUUUCGCUUCGUUAGACUUGCGCUAGUAAUAUGAGUUACUGCUAUUUGUCCUCCCGUACUCGUUUCUCGUCCCUGGAAACGCGCCAACAGGACCACGACUGUUAUUAUCUUUACCCUCAUCUUCAGAAUCGGACGCAUUUUCAAAAUCGUCGGAUCCUUCUGGCGGGGCGCGCAUGGACUCUAGAACAACAGGAUCAAGGGAUGGUGGCUCGUAUGGCUUGACUGUAUGCAUGUCCCUGCCAGAAGGCAUCUGUGCCAACAACGUUGCUGGUGUUGGGACGGCUUGUAUGUUCAUCUGCAAAAAUUCCACCAGUUAGCUAUUCUGAAUCGCUUCGUGAGGAAAAAAAAAAUACUGUAGUCGCCAAGCGAACAAGCACACUCACGGUAUCAUUUUGCUUAGACCAUUUGGCAUCCAGCAUUUCAAUCACCCGCACCUCCUCCGUUUUUCCAGCAUCCGCACCCCAUCUGGCACCCUUCUCCACCUUGCGGUCCUCCCGCUUCUC